AUUCCCAACAUGCACCGGCGUAAAACCUGUGUACUGUGUAUUUGAAUCUUAGGUAGAGAAACCUGUGUAUUGAGCAUAUUAGUCUGUGUGAGCAGAUUAACCAGCACCUCAGUGAUCCUGAUUAUUGUCUCACACCCUUGUUUUGUUGGCCUGAGCCAUUUUGUUUGCUUCUUUGUUGUAGCUUUAUUGUUUUUGCUAUCAGCACUAUCAGUAGGAGUGAGAAGCUUGUUUCUGUUUAAAUAGGCUCUUUUUUUCCUGAUGUUUUAGUGUUAGAAGUCUGGUCUAGAGCUUUGUCUUUUCUUUACACUUGUUUUGGUUUAGGGAGGUUUUAGGGUACAUAGAGUGUUUUGGGCACUGCUCAUCUGAGUAAAAUAAAACCGCUAACGUGUAGUUCCCUUUUUUUCUGGCCUUGCUUGGGAGUGGGAAGGGUGGGGAGUCUCACCUCGUGCUGCGUCCAGGUUAACCCUAGACCUUAGGACGUAACAUCUGGAUUUUACAGGCAGCCAGUGCAGAGAAGCUAAAACAGGAGAAAUGUGAUUUCUUUUCCUGGUUCCUGUCAGAAGACGUGCUGCAGCGUUCUGGAUCAGCUGAAGAUUCGGACUUAUUCAAGCAGCCUGAUAAUAAAGGAUUGCAGAGCUGAAGGAAAAACAACAUUUGCACAGUGUUUACAAUGAGAGAGAGUUUUUAUUGUUGUGAUAAAGAGAGACCUCCUGCACACAGACUUCAUGUUCCACCACUUUAAUGUGAAUCUUCCUCUGAGCCGUCUGUCAAGCUUUCAUGGAAAUGUGUUUGAGUUCUUCAGCUGAUGAAACAUAAUCAGUCGUUAUUUCAGACAGCAAGACUUUCAGCAGGAACAUUUCCUUGUUGGUCUCAAGUUAACUUCAGCUGACAGCCUGCAUGGUUUAUAUAAGUCCUCCAUUUUACAGAGAACAAAUAUCUUGCUGCUCUCCAGUUGAGUUUCCUGUGAUGAUUCCAGCAGAGACAUUUUGACAACAUCUGACACCUGUACAUGGAAACUGUCCUGUACUGACUCUGACAGACAUCCUGACUGCGCCAUCUGCUGGUGAGAAGAUGACAUGGCAACACUUCCUGCUGUUCAUUCAGCCCGUGACAGAGGAGAGAUCAUAGACUGAGAGUGUGAUAGUUCAACUGACAGUAGAUUUGGACAUUGUUGAACAGAGCUGAGACGCCAUCACAGGGUGAGAGAUCUCUGCUGGAAAACACACGUUUGGAGUAUUUGAAACAAUCAAGGGAAGAGACGUUCACUCGACACCUGUACAUGGAAACUGUCCUGUACUGACUCUGACAGACAUCCUGACUGCGCCAUCUGCUGGUGAGAAGAUGACAUGGCAACACUUCCUGCUGUUCAUUCAGCCCGUGACAGAGGAAAGUGAAACUAAAAGCAGAUUUGGACAUUGUUGAACAGAGCUGAGACGCCAUCACAGGGUGAGAGAUCUCUGCUGGAAAACACACGUUUGGAGUAUUUGAAACAAUCAAGGGAAGAGACGUUCACUCGGUGAGUCUGUGGAAAAAUAACUUCAGUAUCAAAUGGCUGAGAAAAUAACUCUUGUUGAAAGUUACCUGAACUGCCACGUGUGUUCAGAGACUUUCAGAGAUCCUGUGUCUCUGAGCUGCAACCACAGCUUCUGUUCAAGCUGCCUGCAGAAAUUCUGGGAACAAGCUGGAAACAAAAACUGUCCCAUUUGUAAAAGAAAAUCCUCAAAGGAUAAUUUAUUUGUGAACUUUCCACUAAAGGAACUGGCUGACUCCUUUGCUGAGAGACAGAAAACUGGAUCAUCUGAGACAGAAAAAGGAGAGAAGAAGGUGGAGGAGGUGUGUAGUAAACAUAAAGAAGAGCCUAGAUUGUUCUGUGAGGACGAGCAGAGAGCUGUGUGUCCUGUCUGUGAGUUUUCUCUCCACCAGAGUCACAAGGUGGUUCCUGUAGAACAAGCAGUCCGGGACCUGAAGGAGCAGCUGAAAUCUGACUUAGAGUCUCUGCAGGACAAGAGGGACAAAUACAAACAAGUGGAGGAAACAUACAAUGAAGUGAUUCAACAGUCCAAGAAGCAGCUGUUGUCCACAGAGAGGCAGAUCAGAGCAGAGUUCAACAAGCUCCACCAGUUCCUGAAAGAGGAAGAGGAGUCCAGACUGGCAGCUCUGAGGGAGGAAGAGGAGCAGAAGGGGAAGACUGUGAGCAGAGAGAUGAAGAAGAUUCAGGAGCAGAUGUCCUCUCUGUCAGACAGGAUCUCUGCUGUUGAAGAAGAGCUGCAGAAACCCAGCGUGCCAUUCCUCAGCAGUUAUAAAGCCACUCAGACCAGAGCCAGAGUCCAGCGCUCACUGUCAGAUCCACAGCUGCUCUCAGGAGCGCUGAUAGAUGUGGCCAAACACCUGGGCAACCUGUCCUUCAGAGUCUGGGAGAAGAUGAAGGACAAGGUCCACUUCAGUCCUGUCAUUCUGGACCCAAACACUGCAAACUGCUGUCUCUAUCUGUCUGAUGAUCUGACCAGUGUGAGACGUGGAGACGCAAACCAGCAGCUUCCUGACAAUCCAGAGAGAAACACUAAGUAUGCCCUUGUUCUGGGCUCUGAGGGCUUCAGCUCAGGGAAACACAGCUGGGAGGUGGAGGUGGGAGACCAUCCUGACUGGACUGUAGGUUUGGCUAAAGAGUCAGUUGACAGGAAGGGACAGACAUUUUCCUCACCAAAAUAUGGAUUCUGGUGUUUAAGGCAUCGCAGUGGAAAAUACACUGAUGGAGAUGGUGAGACUGUCAGAGUGAAGAAGAGUCUCCAGAGGAUCAGAGUCCAGCUGGACUAUGACAGGGGGGAGGUGUCCUUCUACGACCCUGAAGACACGACUCACAUCUACACUCACAGAGACACUUUCACUGAGAAACUCUUCCCAUAUUUAUAUAUUUUCAGGUCUGGUGAUGCUAAAACCACUGAUAUCAAAAUCUGUCACACUGAGAUUUCUCUGUGACGUUCAGGAAUGUAAGUUUAUUGUUCCAACUUUUACUUUCAGACAGUUUGAGGUUUAUUAAACUCUAAACUCAUCAUCACUCUUCACACCCAAACAUUCUUGAUCUGCUCGUCUUUUAUAUCUAAAGCAGAUUUCAUUUGGUGUUGAGGGUCAACAAAUUAAUUUUGCUGACUGUUUCUGUAGUUUGAAAGAUAAUUAAGACUUUACUCCGAUCUCAAUGUCUGUCUAGAUCACAUUAGAAAAAUCAGCAUGAAUAAAAGUUAAAGCAGAUUAAAAUGAUAUCUAAAUACUGAAAUUGUUUUAUAUCAUCCGGCCUUGAGCUUUCAUCCAGGUUCAAAUCAAUUCUAAUGUUCAGAUUCUAACAUGUUAGCCUGGUCAGCAGCAUCUGGUUUUUAAUCAGACCACAAUAUAACAUGUCAAGUAUCCACUAUACCAACACGUUGCUUCCUGUUGUGGGAUUCUUUAACUUUAAUCAUCAUCAAACAUCAGUUUUACUUUGAGAGAUUUCUGGAUCUUCUGUUCAGUUCAGGAUUCACUUUAGUUCAGUUCAGUCAAAAUGUAUUAAAGGUUGGAACUCCUGCUUUAGAUAUUCAUUUUACUUCUUCAUGGAGUUUGUGGCUUUUCAAAAAGAAAUAGUAGUAGUGUGUUAGUUGAGCUGCCUCUUAAAUAAAGUUUAAUCUCCAAGAAAAUGCUGAAACUGUAUGACGUCAUCAGGAGACAAAGUUCUCCUGGUUAUCAACAUCUGGAGUCAAACAACAUUGUACAGUAGUUUGUAUCCACUGUACCAAAUGCUGCGUUUCACUUUCCUCUUUUUAACAUCAUCAGUUAUAUUUUUUGAUGCUUUUGAGUCUUUUGAGUUAUUUCAGGUUUGGAUCUGUUGUUUUAUUU